AUGUUGGGUUGGACUGAGGAAGCACCAGAAACAAUGAAGAAAAUCGUACGAAAAACUGUUGAACACAGAGAAAAAAAUAAUGUAAGUCGGCGAGAUAUGCUACAAUUAUUACUACAACUCCGCAAUACUGGCAAGAUAAAUACUGACGAUAAUGAAUGGUCCGUAGAAACAUCAGUAGGUGCUUUUAAAUCUAUGUCUGUGGAAUUGAUAGCUGCACAAUUGUUCCUGUUCUAUGUGGCUGGUUAUGAGACAACAGCAUCCACAGUUGCUUUUACAAUUUACGAACUAUCACAAUAUCCGGAACUCUUAGCAAAAGCGAAAAAGGAUGUGGAGGAAACAUUACGCAAGUAUGAAGGCAAACUGAGUUAUGAAUGUGUACAGGAUAUGAAAUUCUUAGAUUUGUGUGUUAUGGAAACUAUACGUAAAUAUCCUGGAUUACCCAUAUUAAAUCGUGAAUGUACAGAGGACUAUCAAAUACCGGAUUCAAAAAUGGUUAUUAAAAAAGGCACAGCGAUAAUAAUCUCAUUAUUCGGCAUGCAUCGUGAUCCAGAGUAUUUUCCUGAUCCAAUGAGGUAUGAUCCAGAACGGUUUUUAGAGGAAAAUAUGAACUAUAAUUCUGUCGCUUACAUGCCUUUUGGUGAGGGACCACGUCACUGUAUAGCUCAACGCAUGGGCAGACUUAAUGCAAAAGUAGCCAUAGCUCAAAUAUUAACUAAUUUUGAUAUCGAAUUACGGGAAAAUUACUGCGAAAUAGAAAUCGAUAAUUUUGGUAUACCAAUUCUCCCUAAAGGUGGAGUAAAUGUACGUUUAUCGAAAAAAAAACAGAAUACAGUAACAAAAGUUUAAUUAAAUAUUCUUCGUUGAGGUAUAAGUCGAAUACUUUUAUUGAUUUAUGCAUUAUCAGCACAAGGUAGUAGAAUGAUUAUAUGAUAAGAGAUAGAUAUUUUUUUGUUCAUAAUUAAUAUUAUCUGAUAGAAUUUUAAUGAAAUAUUAAUAAAAGACUAUCAAAUAGA